AAGGCGAUCGGGACCAAAAAAGUUUCGAGGCGAUAUCUACAGGAGCUGCUGCUACUGCUUUUGUUGUUGUUGUUGUUUAAAAAAAAAAAAAAAAUACUACAGUAUUGCACAGUAGAAAGCUUCAUUGUGAGGUUGUUUUUUUUUUUUUUUUUUAGUUUUUUCCCCCCAAAUUAUUAUCGGGAGGAAGGAAGAAGUGCGAGUGGGGAACAUAAGAGGAGAGAAGAGACAAGCGCACCGCACCAGGCAAGCCGCGCCCGGAUCACACCCCAACAGCCGCGUGCGCUUCCUGGCUUCGAGCAUGGCCAAUUCGAGCAAAGCCACUUUAAUCUUGCUCAUCUACGGAAUCUUAAUGCACUACAGCGUCUUCUGCACACCUCUGGGACUAAGUUACCCAAAAAUCAGGCUGGACAACGACGCGUUCGACGAGGACGGCAAUUCCUUGGGCGAGCUUGGCUUCGACGGCGAUCCCCUCGCCUUACGCAGCGCGGCGUCCUUAAACGGCGGCGGCGGCGGCGGCGGCGGCGGCUUCACUCUCUACUACCCCACCGAGAAGCGAGCAGAAAGGCAUGCUGAGGAGGAAUUAGAUAGAGCCUUGAGGGACAUCCUGGGUCAGUUAACCACGCGCCAUUAUCUGCAUUCUCUGAUGACAAUGCGCGCAGGUGAGGAGAACAGCAUGGAGGACGAAGCUGAGCCACUCUCCAAGAGGCACUCGGACGGCAUUUUCACCGACAGCUACAGCCGCUACAGGAAGCAGAUGGCUGUGCAAAAGUACCUGGCAGCCGUCCUGGGACGAAGGUACAGACAGAGAGUGCGCACUAAAGGACGACGGCUCGCCUAUUUGUAGUGCAGCCCCCACCCCCCUCAACCCCCUCAACCCCCCCACUCACACCUCGUGCGUGUAUACAGUAUAUAUAUAUAUAUAUAUAUAUAUUAUAUAUAUAUGACACCCCCCACCCACACGCACGCACACACAACCAGUGUCAACCGCCUAUCAUCCACAUAGCUGAGCAAACCAGUGGAUUUCGCCUAUCUGUGUUCUCCUUUCAACAUUAUGUAUUUAUGUAUGAAGUUAAGCCAUUAAAAUGGAUAUUUUAUUAAUAA